ACACCUUUUUUCAAGAGCAAUCAAUUUCAAUGCCAUUGCCUAUUACAACAUACAAGAAGAUAGACAAUACAACAAGAGCAAGACGUUAGCCUAUUACAACACCCAGCCUCAAUUCAAUUUUCCAAUAAAAAAUUAGUAGAGUAAGAGCUGAUACAGAUGCAACAACUAUGUAGCCUGAAUUUAGGAUUAGGAUUUGAAUUUAUUUGUUUCAACACGAAUGUACGAGAAUCAAUGGAGGGCUGUGUCUUUUGAAAUUUAUUGAUCAAGAGGCAUGCGCAGGAGAUUGCAACCACAUUAUUACCUCGAUAGUGAUUAGUCUAUGCUGUUCCACCGCCGGUUUAGACGCGAGCCGCGACCGCAGUUUCGCUUCACAAACAAGGUGUGAACUCUUCAAAAUGAGGAUGAGCAUUGAGCAUGAGGUCGAGUUUAAAUGUAUGAUACAACGUCGAUAAAAAAACUACAACGACGGCACGCACAUGCACAUAGACACACAUUCAGGAGAAUACCAAUACAUAGAACGGACCCAGCCAUUUUCCUAUAUUGGACGAAUCAGAAUUGGAGCUUCUCCUCCAGAUGUUCCCGUUCUCGAAAAAUGCUGUUCUUAUCCCUCCUUUCCGUGCAUAGAUAAGAACACCAUUUUCAGGUCGUUACAAACGUGUUCUUAUCUAUGCACGGCGUGGAGGAUAAGAACAGCAUUUUUCGAGAACGGGAACAUUUGGCGCAGAAGCUCCAAUUCUGCUUCGUGCCAAACACCAGCUUCAGGUCGUUACAAGCAUGUUCUUAUCUAUGCACGGCGUGGAGGAUAAGAGCAGCAGUUUUCGCGAGCGGGGACAUUCGGCGCAGAAGCUCCAACUCUGCUGCAUGCCAAAACAUCAAUUCCAGGUCGUUGCAGUAGGUGUUCUUAUCUAUCUUCCCGAAAUGUUUGAACGAGUAACCGGCGGGGGGCUUUCAGGGUCUUCCGCCAGUGCGUCCACCAUCACCGCGGAAGCGGUGCCAGCGGUGAGUGAUUGGGGCGGUGGGUGAGAGAUCGAGGCGCGUUUGAAGAGUUCCGAGAGGUCUCGAGGGGCCUGCGUACCAAGCCCGCACGAGCCGGCUUGCGGCCUUUUUUGGAUCGCGAGUACGUAGGGCCCGGGGCCGCGAAAAAGAUGCCCGCCUGCGCCUGUUGGGCGUGCUGUGAGUGCCCGUGGGUCGCGUCGAUCUGCGCAGUGGGGGGGGGGGCCACUUUAGUCUAUGUCUAGGCUCGUCGGGGUCUUGGCGUGCCUGUUGGUUCCUCUAGAAAGACGCCUGGGCCGCGUGAAAAAACCCGCCAGGGAAGGCAGCAGCACUCCUACGCAGAUGCGACCAUAAAAACUGCAGCGCCUGCGUUGGCGCAAAAAAAAAGGCAAAUCCCGAUGGUAUGCUGCGAAUUUCUUUAGGGAUAAGAACAAUGUUGAAGAUCACCUAUUUCGUCUCUAUAACACAUUCAGGAGAAUGCCAAUACAUAGAACGGAC